CGAGGACGAGUACGGACAUGGCUGCCCUGGGCCAGCCCCGCCAGGCCACCUACGACGCCAUCGUCAUCGGAGCCGGCAUCCAGGGCUCCUUCGCUGCCUACCACCUGGCCCAGCGCCACAGGGACACCCUCCUGCUGGAGCAGUUCAUCCUGCCCCACUCGCGGGGCAGCUCGCACGGGCAGAGCCGCAUCACCCGCAGCGCCUACCCCCAGGAGGUCUACGCCCGCAUGAUGCCCGACUGCUUCCGCCUCUGGGAGCGGCUGGAGGCUGAGGCCGGCACCAGCCUCUUCAGGCGGACGGGGUUGGUGGCCCUGGGGCCAGCGGGCAACCCGGAGCUGGAGGGCUGCCGGCGCAGCCUGGGUGCUGGCAAGGUCCUUGACGCCACGGUGCUGGCCCGGCGCUUCCCCGGCCUCCGGCUCCACGCCGGCGAGGUGGCCGUGUGGGACGACACCGCCGGGGUGCUCUUCGCUGACCGGGCGCUGCGGGCAGUGCAGGAUGUCUUUCGCCGGCGCGGGGGCACCCUGCGGGACGGGGAGAAGGUGCUGCGCAUCGAACCCGGGGCUGUGCUCACCGUCACCACCACCGCCGGGGUGUACCGAGCCCCCCGGCUCAUCAUCACAGCCGGAGCGUGGACCGGUGCCCUCGUGGCACCCCUGGGUCUCCGCCUGCCGCUGCAGCCCCUGCGCAUCAACGUCUGCUACUGGAGGGAGAAGGAGCCGGGGAGCCCCAGCGCUGACAGACCCAGUCCCUGCUUCUUGGUUCUGGGGCUGAGCCAAGCCCCCCGCGGCAUCUUCGGGCUGCCCGCCCUCGAGUACCCCGGGCUGGUCAAGGUGUGCUACCACCACGGCAGCCCCGCCGACCCCGAGGAGCGGGACCGGGCCCCCCUGGGUGCCCCCCACCCCGAUGUCGCCCUCCUGAGCAGCUUCAUCAGCAGCUACCUGCCCGGGCUGGAGCCCCAGCCAGCCGUGGUGGAGACCUGCCUCUACACGAACACCCCAGAUGAAGACUUCAUCCUGGACCGGCACCCCAAAUUCAGCAACAUCAUCAUUGGAGCCGGGUUCUCGGGCCAUGGGUUCAAGCUGGCGCCAGUGGUGGGGAAGCUGCUGUGCGAGCUGAGCCUGGGCGAGGAGCCAUCCCACAGCACAGCCCCCUUCGCCAUCGCCCGCUUCCCCGGCGUGCUCCAGGCUGCGCUGUAGGCGCGGGGCCCCGGCCGUGCCCCCAUGGCAUCGCCCUGACACCCCAGCACACUGGCAUCCCCGCAUCCGCAUGUGCCACCGUCCCCAUCUCCCUGCGUCCUGCUGUCUCCACCAGCCCAGCACCCCGCAUCCCAGCAGCCCUCCAUCUGUGCACCCCAGCGUCCCUGUACCUCUGCACCCUGACAACCCAGCAUCCCCACAUCCCGGCACCCCUGCAUCCCCACACCCCAGCAUCCUGGUGCCCUGCCUCCCCACAUCCCAGCAUCCCCGUGUCCCUGCAUCCCGUCAUCCCCCAUGCCACGCCGUGCCAAGCUGUCUCUGUCGAGCACCCGCUCCCGGAAACAAAUUAAGGAGCUUUGUCAGCCUCAUGAAGAUGGAGCUGGAACAGCGCAGAGAGACACACUCGCUUAGGAGU